AUGGCGUUGUUUUAUACAGUAUCCAAACGCCCCAUCUUUUUGAACCCAACGACUACCCUCCGCUUUUGCUCUGCCUCUUCACAGCCACCAUCCGACAAUGAAACUGCAGUCGCCACCGCCGUCUCCGUCCUCAAACACCAUCGUUCCAAAUCCCGAUGGACCCACCUUCGUACGCUCUUCCCAUCCGGUUUCGAUCCUUCCCAAUUUUCUCAAAUCACCAUUCAACUCCGUAACAAUCCUCACUUAGCUCUCCGUUUCUUCCUCUUCUCCAUCCAACACUCCCUGUGCCACCACUCCCUCUUAUCGUACGCCACAAUCAUCCACACCCUCGCUCGUUCCCGCCAAAAAUCCCAUGCCCUAGCUCUGAUUAAAUCCGCUCUUCGUAAAUUUCCUGAUGCUAAUACCGAUUCGCCUUUAAGGACUCCACCUUUGAUCUUCGAAACUUUGAUUACGACUUACAGAACGUGUGAUUCUGCACCUUUCGUGUUUGAUUUACUGAUCAAAGCAUGCCUUCAAUCCAAACGAAUCAAUCAGGCUAUAGAGAUUGUCCGGAUGUUGCGCACUAAAGGUAUAUCCCCAAUGAUUAGCACUUGUAAUUCUUUAAUCAUGUCAGUUUCUAAACACCACGGGAGCAUUGCUGGAUAUGAAGUUUGCAACGAGCUUCUCGGAUCCACUCGCAAAUUUGGGGAUCAAAAACUUGGUGUCAAAAUCGUUGUUCCUAAUGUACAUACUUAUAACAUAAUUAUGCAUUCUUUCUAUAAAGAUGGUUUAAUUGAGAACUUAGAACAAGUGUGGAGUGAUAUGAUUGUAAACGAUUGCUUACCCAGUGCAUACAGUCACAACAUUUUAAUGGCGGCUUAUUGUGAUAAUGGAAGAAUGGAGGAAGCCAUGAGAAUGUGGGAAGAAAUGAGGAACAAGGGUUUAAAACAUGAUGCCAUGGCUUAUAACACCAUAAUCGGUGGCCUUUGUGAAGCUGGAGAGGUUGAUAAAGCUGAAGAAUUCUUCAAAGAAAUGGGAUUGGAUGGGGAAGAAAGUACUUGUGUCACUUAUGAGCAUUUGAUAACAGGGUAUUGUAAAAUUGGGGAUGUUGAUUCUGCAAUGCUUUUGUAUAAGGAUAUGUGUAGGAAAGAGUUUACACCCUUGGGAUCUACCAUUGAUGUGUUGAUUAAGGAACUUUGUGAGAAGAAUAAGGUUUCAGAAGCAUUGAAGGUUUCAAGAUUUGCAAUGAAGAGAAACAAUGUGGUUAUGAAGGGUGAAAGUUAUGAGCUUUUGAUUAAGGGUUUGUGCAAUGAGGGGAGGAUGGAUGAAGGUAUGAAGCUUCAAGCAGAAAUGGUGGGAAGAGGAUAUGAACCAAAUUCGGGAAUUUAUUCUGCUUUUAUUAAUGGAUAUGAGAAAGAAGGAAACAAGGAACAAGCGGCCAAAUUGAAGAUGGAAUUUCAAUCAAUAAAAUGA